AUGGUGUGUGUGAGAAAGAGAUUUGGUGAGACAUCUGGCUAUACAGUCAGAAAAGGUCUUUUAUCUGUUUGUUUAGUUUCUAAAGAUGAAGAGAUUAAAAGACGAGUAUCCAAGUGCAAGGAGGUUCAAUUAUCAUAUUUUUUGUUGGGUAUUGUUGCAUUAUACUUGACUAUCUACUUGAAGUUCCCCGAGUUUUUUGAGACUGUAGAAGUUUUGAGUGGCGAUGAUAGUGAUUUGGGUAUAUAUGACUUGUUCAUUGGGAAUGAUGAGGAUAAAGAAAUAAACGCUACUGUAAAGCCUCGACAGGAAGCCUCACCUGAGGAAAAGGAUGGUGCUCGACGUAUAAAGCCUAUUCAACAUCAAUAUGUUUCGUUGGUGUGCAAGGGUGUUCAUGGUGUUCUUGGCUACGUGAUGGAUGAUGGUGAUAAUGGUGGCGGAACUGAUGGUGCUGCAGACGACAUGUAA